AUGCCUCCGAAGCGAAAGAGCGAAGCAAUCACGACUGCAAAGCCUGCUAAGAAAGUUAGGGCAGGCGGCGCCUCUACACGCACACAUCCUCUGAAUAAGCCGGCCGGCGAUGAGAUACCCGUCAACGGCAACAUCAAGAAGAGAAAGCGCAAACAGCCCCUCUAUCCAAGCUCACGACCAUCCACAGCUACGAUGGAUGGUACAGCGUCCUCUCCAUUCAUGGCCCUGCCGACCGAACUGCGCUGCCAAAUCUACAACUACCUGUCCGCCAUCGUCUACGAUCCCGUCUUCCCCGAGCCGUGCAUCUGCAGCUGGGAAGUAUGUCGGAUGCCAACCGCACUCCUUCAACUCAACAAGACUAUAUACGAAGAAGUGAAGCAUCCCGCGGUACAGAAGCCUCUACAAAAGGUCAACGAUGAGCUUGCGCCCAAAAUUAUUCUCGGCCCGACGCGCGCUGAGAUAGACCCGGUGUACGUCGCGCUCUCGGAUACCUUUCAUCUCGCCGGCAAACAACUGCGUACGUACCUGGAUGGACCACAAAAGCACGGUACUGCGGUCAAAUAUGUUAGCUUGAAGAUCGCAUCGUGGUACAAUGACACUACAAAACGGGAAUAUGAGGGCUUCAAGUGCGCAGACCAAGUGCAAGACCAAGCACUUGCACAAGUUUGUCAAACAGACUUUGAGAAGAAUGGCGGUUAG